UAUCACGCAGUUCAGAAACAAAAGAAACAACAAACAAUUGGGGAACUGAUGCAGCACACAGCUCUUACUGAAAACGAUGAUAGUGAUGAAUAUGAAGAAAUGUCAGAAAUGAAAGAAGGGAAAGCAUGUGAGCAACAUGUGUCACGAGGGAUUUUCAUGACGCAACCAGCUACGCCUAUCGAAGCAUUUUCAGAUGAGGAACUAGAGAUCCCAGAGGAGAAGGAAGGUGCAGAGGAUUCAAAAGGAAAUGGAAUAGAGGAGCAAGAGGUAGAAGCAAAUGAGGAAAAUGUGAAGGUGCAUGGAGGAAGACAGGAGGAAACAGAGAUCCUAUCAGAUGACCUUACAGACAAAGCAGAGGUGAGUGAAGGCAAGGCAAAGUCAGCGGGAGAAGCAGAGGAUGGGCCUGAAGGUAGAGGGGAUGGAACCUGUGAGGAGGGUAGUUCAGGAGCAGAACACUGGCAAGGUGAGGAGAGGGAGGAGAAGGGGGAGAAAGACAAGGGUGGAGGAGAAAUGGCGAGGCCGGGAGAGGGAGAGAAGGACCUAGCAGAGGAGGAGGAAUGGGAGAAGAGGGAUGGGAAAGAGCAGGAGCAAAAGGAGAGGGAGCAAGGCCAUCAGAAGGAAAGAAACCAAGAGAUGGAGGAGGGAGAAGGGGAGGAGGAGCAUGGAGAAGGAGAGGAAGAAGAGGAAGACAGAGAAGAGGAAGAAGAGAAAGAGGAGAAGGAGGGAGAAGGGAAAGAGGAGGGAGAAGGGAAAGAGGAAGGAGAAGGGGAAGCAGUGGAGGGAGAAGGUGAAAAGGAGGAAGGAGAGGUGGAAGAAGGAGAGAGGGAAAAGGAGGAAAGCGGGAAGGAGGAGAAAGGAGAGGAGGAAGGAGACCAAGGAGAAGGGGAAGAGGAGGAAACAGAGGGGGAAGGGGAGCAAAAAGAGGAGGGAGGAGAAGUAGAGGAGGGGAAAGGAGAGGGGGAAAAGGAGGAAGGGAAGGGGGAAGAGGAAGAAUGAGAUGGGGAGAGGGAAGAGGAAGAAGGAGAAGAGGAGGGGGAAGAGGAGGAAGGAGAAGGGAAAGGGGAGGAGGAAGGAGGAGAAGGGGAGGGGAAAGAGGAGGAAGGAGAAGGGAAAGGGGAGGAGGAAGAAAGAGAAGAGGGGGAAGAGGAGGAAGGAGAAGGGAAAGGGGAGGAGGAAUGGGAGGAAGGAGAAGGGGAGGGAGAAGAAGAGGAAGGAGAAGGGGAGGGAGAAGAGGAGGAAGUGGAAGAGGAGGAGGAAGGGGAGGAAGGGGAAGAGGAGGAGGAAGGGGAGGAAGGAGAAGGGGAGGAGGAUGAGGAGGAAGAGGAAGGGGAGGGGGAAGAGGAGGAAGGGGAAGGGGAGGAGGAAGGAGAAGGGGAAGAGGAAGAAGAAGGAGAGGGGGAAGAGGAGGAAGAAGGAGAGGGGGAAGAGGAGGAAGGAGAAGGGGAGGGGGAAGAGGAGGAAGGAGAAGGGGAGGGGGAGGAGGAAGGAGAAGGGGAAGAGGAAGGAGAAGGGGAGGGGGAAGAGGAGGAAGGAGAAGAAGAAGGGGAAGAAGAAGGAGAGGGAGAGGAAGAAGGGGAGGGAGAAGAGGAGGAAGGGGAGGUGGAAGGGGAAGAGGAAGGGGAGGUAGAAGGGGAGGAGGAAGGGGAGGAGGAAGGGGAGGUGGAAGGAGAGGAAGAGGAAGGAGAGGAGGAAGGGGAAGAAAGGGAAAAGGAGGGGGAAGGAGAAGAAAACAGGAGGAACAGAGAAGAGGGGAAGUACCAGGAGACAGGCGAAGAAGAGAAUGAAAGGCAGGAAAGGCAGAAUGGAGACGAGUACAAAAAAGUGAGCAAAAUGAAAGGAUCUGUGAAAUAUGGCAAACAUAAAACAUAUCAAAAAAAGUCAAUUACUAACACACAGGGAAAUGGGAAAGAGCAGAGGUCCAAAAUGCCAGUGCAGUCAAAACAACUUGUAGAAAACGGGCCACCAGGUUCCAAAAAGUUCUGGAAUAAUGUAUUACCACAUUAUUUGGAAUUGAAGUAACAAACCUUAAAUGUGACCCGAUUAUGGCCAGCCAAACAAUUUAAAUGCCUUGCAUAUAACAGGCACUCAUUACAUGUUGUUAAAUUGAUUUUAUGUCAGUUAUUUUAUGUGUAGUAAAAAAAAGCAACUGAUGCAGCUGUGUUAAGGAGCCAAAGACAACAGGAGGCACUGGUAAAUUUUGGCCUCUCUCAGACUAAAAUUUUGGUGUAUUUCACCCCCAAAUUAUAAAACCAUAGCUAGAAAAUAUUAAAAGGUCAUAUCAGAUUAUUAACAUUAUAUAUUCAUUAAAGGCAGCUUUAGGAAAUAAGAAUAUACUACAAGAGUGUUUUGAUUGUGUGUAUAAAUCAUUCCAUUUUUAAAUGACACAGAUGCUUAAGGGCUAUAAAAACUUCUAAUUUCUUAUAAAUGUGUUAGCACUUUUUUUAAGUUAGUGAUUACAGUUUACCUGCUGUAUAGAAUAAUUUUGUAAUAAUGAAUGGUAUUCUGAAACUCAAUUGAGGCAUUCACAUUUUA